AAUAAAUUCUAUAAGUUUGCUCUUCUCCUUUGCCGGCUCACCCUUUUUUUAUUAUCAGAUACAGUUUGGCUUGCAAUUGAGGGCGUGGAUCUGCUUUUGCUUCUAAUUUGCUUGGCCUAAUUAAUCUGAUCAUGUGUCUACUACUUUUUUCGAUUUCUUCUAUCGAAUUUGCAGGAAAUAUUCAUCAAACCCUCUAAUCGCAAAGAAAUAAGCUUGUAAUUAAACAGAUCUGCUGCUACUUGUAAUCCGCAUAGUUUAAUUUGGUCAUCCUCAUCAAUUUCUUCAAUUUCAUCAAUUAAACUUAAAGUUAUGGAUUCGCAAUGGGUUGACCUUCUUCUGAGUCCUAUCAUCAACACAACAGUUUCCAAGUUGAUUUCCACUGCUGCUGAGCAAAUCAGCCUCGCUGUCGGCUGGAAGAAGGAGCUUGCAUCGCUUAAAGACAAGUUCCUCAUGGUCCAGGCUGUGCUAAAAGAUGCUGAAGAGAAGCAGGUCAGCGACCCUGCUGUGAAGCUCUGGCUUGAGAGGCUCAGGGAUGUGGUUUAUGAGGCCGAUGAUGUGCUGGACGAGGUUGCUUACGAAAGUGUGAAGUGCAAGGUGGAGACUAAAAACCAGAAGACGAAAAAAGUGUGUAAUUUCUUUACCUCCUCCAAUCCCUUGCUGUUUCAUAGAAAGAUUGCUGAAAAGAUUAAGAAUAUUAUUGCAUCGGUGGAUGUUAUUAACAAUGAGGCCAGAGGGUUUGGACUCCAAAUUAGACUUGCUACUGCUAGCAGGGUGGUUUCUGAACAGGGAAGAAACCCACAAACUCAUUCCACCAUAGGUGAUUUAUCGAUGGUUGUGGGGAGAGAGGAUGAUAUCUCCAAAAUAGUGCAACUGUUAACUGACUCAUCUAAUGUAUCACGCCUUUGUGUCUUGUCAAUAGUGGGUAUGCCGGGUCUCGGCAAAACCACUUUGGCACAAGCUGUGCGUAAUGAUGAGCAAAUCAAAAACUAUUUUGGUGAAAUAAUGUGGGUUUGUGUGUCAGAUGAUUUUGAUGUGGAUAGGAUUUUAAUUGAAAUGCUGGAAUCUCUUACUGGAAACUCUGGAGCAGUAAAAAACAAAGACACUGUAAUUCAAAAAAUAAGAGAAGCCAUGGGGGAGAACAACUUUCUUCUAGUUUUGGAUGAUAUGUGGAAUGAAGAGAGUCAUGGGAAAUUUGAAGACUUGAGAAGCUGUUUGCUUGGGAUAUGUAAAAACUCAAGGAAUAGAGUUAUUGUGACAACUAGAGAUGAAAAGGUUGCAUUGAAAAUGAGAAUGAGAAUGCAUCAUGAAUACAUGCAUUCUCUUGGAAAACUACAAGAUGCUGACUGUUGGUCUAUUAUCAGGAACAGAGUAUUUGGAGACGCUUCUAUACCUCCAGAAUUGGAGAAUAUCGGAUGGGAUAUUGCUCAAUUAUGUGGAGGUGUGCCAUUAGUUGCAAGUGUUAUAGGAGGUACUUUGUGCACAGAAAAUUUGAAUAGAGCCGAGUGGCUGUCAUUUAAAAGCAAGAUUGAGGCACUUGGUCCACUUGAACAUGAUAAUGGAAUCACGCGUGUAAUAAAAUUGAGUUUUGAUCGCUUGCCAAAGUCAGCUUUGAAGCAGUGUUUUGCAUUCUAUUCUAUUUUUCCAAAAGAUUUUGUCAUGGAAAGGGACAUGUUGAUUCAGCUUUGGAUGGCUAAGGGAUUUCUUCAAUCAACUGAUGAAAGUCCUAUCACAAUGGAGGAUAUUGGUAAUAAGUAUUUUAAUGACUUGUUAUCAUAUUCCUUAUUUCAAAAGGAAGAAAUAUUUAGCUCUGGAGUUAUUGAUAUUAGUUGCAAAAUGCAUGAUUUGAUUCAUGAUUUUGCACAAAUAAUUUCAAAAUCUGAGACAAUGAUUUGGAAGACUCUUUCUCCGAGUAAUAUUUCUAAUGUUCGGAAUUUGAAUCUCAUUUGUGGUGGGGGAACAGUGCCAACAACUUUGAGAGGUGUUGCUCCAAAGCUACAUACUUUGUUUUUAAAAGAUGGUGCUUUUUCCAAUGAUAUGCAGGUGGAUCUUAAAAGCCUACGAGUUUUGAGUUUUGUUGAUGCUAUUCAUAUUGAAGAAUUGCCACCAUGUUUUGACAACAUGAAGAGUUUGAGAUAUCUAGACAUUUCAAGAACUCGGUUAACAGAAUUGCCAAAGUUCAUCACCAAGUUGUACAAUUUACAGACAUUUAGAUUCAUGACUUGUAGAUCUUUAAAAAUGCCGCCUGAAGGAAUAGGAAGUUUAAUCAACUUGAGGCAUAUCUACUUCAGUGAUAAAGAGCAGAUGCCUGCAAACAUUGGGAGACUACUGUGUCUUCAAACAUUGCCAAAAUUCUUUGUAGGCACAACAAAGGGACACAAAAUUGAAGAAUUAGGCAAUUUGAGAGGGCUCAAAGGAAGUUUAGAGAUCUGUAAUCUUGAGCUUAUUAAGUACAAAUCAGAAGCCAUGGGAGCAAGGUUACAUGAGAAGACAAUUUCGAAGUUGACAUUAAAGUGGAGAAAGAAAAGUGACCAGGAUGAAGAUGUUUUGGAAGGCCUCCAACCACAUUCAAAUCUGCAAGUCUUAGAAAUUUAUGGUUAUGGAGGCAAAAACUUACCAUCAUGGAUGUUGCAAAAUGUCUUGAAUUGUGAUACUUUUUUGCUCAAGAAUUUGAAGAAAUUGAGUAUUGAUUCUUGCAAGGAGUUACAAAGUUUGCCAGUAAUGACAGGAUUUUCAUCUCUUCAGAAGCUUUGUAUUUCUCGUUGUGAUGAAUUGAGAACCAUAGCCGAAGGAGCAUUUGCAUCGUUGGUGUCCCUUAAAGAAUUAGACAUUUCCACCUGUCAUAACUUGGAAAGUGUUUCAUUAAAUGAAUUAUCAUUGCUUGAGAAAGUCCAGAUUCUUUCCUGCAACAGGCUGAAUAGCAUAGGAGAUAGUCUAUCAACCUCCACAUGUCUCAAAAUUUUAUGUUUGAAUGGCUGUAGAAGUCUGAGGUUUAUUCCAAGUCUAUUUGGGCUAUCAUCCCUUAAGAAGUUGGUGAUAUACAAUUGCCAUAGCCUGAUCUCUAUUCCAGAAGAACUGAAGGAAAUACAUUCACUGGUUGAUUUAAAGAUUGAAUCGUGUCCAAAAUUGAGGAACAUCCCAAAAAAUACCCUCAAUUCCCUUACCAACUUGAAGGGAUUGAGUUUAGGUGGUUUCUCGGAAGAGUUGGAGGAAUUCCCUGCUCUCAGCUCCAUCCACAGCCUCCAAGUCUCCCUAGAAAAGUUGGCAUUGAUUGGAUGGGGAAAACUAACUGAGUUGCCACAUCAAAUUCAAAACCUUACUGCUCUAAGAGAGUUGGCAAUAUCAAAAUUCAACGAAUUGGAGGCAUUACCGAAUUGGUUGGCAAACUUCUCCUCUCUUAAAUCACUAAAUGUUCAGGAUUGCCUUGGAUUAAAGUGUCUGCCAAGUGGGUUGCCAUUCUCUACCACUCUCGAGGAGCUUAGCAUACGCACAUGUCCUAAUCUGGUCUCUACUAAGCUAGAAGAUGUCCUCAGCGGCCUUGCUCGCCUGAAGACAUUAAGUAUCGGUCCUUUCUCAGAAGAGUUGGAGGAAUUCCCAGGUCUGAGUUCCAUUCACAACCUUGGCGCUUCCCUUGAAGAAUUAUAUUUGUAUGGUUGGGAAAAGCUAACUCAGUUGCCACAUCAAAUUCAACACCUCACUGCUCUAAGGCACUUGUCUAUAGGUCAUUUCCAUGGAGUAAAAGCCUUGCCAGAGUGGUUGGGAAACUUGUCAUCUCUUCAAGAUCUAUGGACCGUAAAUUGCAAGAAUCUGAAACGUCUCCCUUCUGCACAAGCCAUUCGACACCUCUCCAAAUUGAAAUUCCUUAGCAUUUCAGAAUGCCCAGAAUUAGAGAUACAAUGUGGCAAGGAAAGUGGUUCCGAGUGGUGCAAGAUUUCUCACAUUCAAACCAUCGCAAUAAAGGGAGAGUACAUUUAAUCACAAGAUUCAAGUCUUCGAGAGGCAAAUCGUUAAUUGGGAGGAGGAUUUUUUGAAUUCAGAAAUGAACUCCCAACAACAAGAACUUAGAUUCUAGCUUCAGUCAUCUAAACUCGCUUUAUGCACCAAGGAAGGUCAUAUGAGGAUUAUUGUAGCAAGAGGGUUCUCUUUAGGGUGUUCUUAAGGUACUUUGAUCGUAAAGAAUCAUUGUACAAUGUUCUCUUAAAUGAGAGGUGUAUCUUUUUAUUAUUGUUCCAAUUUUUCUUAUGUUUUGUGUUUGAAAAACUUGAGACAUAGUCAUUGUACUAUUCAUUUUAGUAGUGGAUUUUCUUGGGGUUCUUGUCCCAUGGUUUUCCCUCCACAUCAGUGAGUUUU